AUCAGUGCAUCCAAAAACGUGCUCGUCUUUCAGUUAAUUCAGGCCAUUCCACACCCAAAAAAAUGAGAGCGGAAAAUUAUCUUUUCAACAGAUUUUUCAAUUUUUUUCCAUCGUGUACCUGUUCAUUUCCACACUUAUUUUCCUCUAGAAACACCUUAUAACUUCUUUUCAGCCUACAUGUUUCACAUAGUUUGCCUUUUUGUACCAAAGAUUUGUGCAUCCACAAAAUAAACACAACUCCCUCCCUAGGCACCCCCCCCCCCCUGCAAUCCUAUGGCGGAAGUGGCUUUGGCUAUAGCUGGCUUAAGAUUAGCCGCGUCACCGGUCUUGAAGAAACUCCUUGCUAAUGCUUCAAUGUACCUUGGAGUGGACAUGGCACUUGAGCUCCAUGAACUGGAGACCACUAUCUUGCCACAGUUUGAGCUAUUGAUUGAUGCUGCAAACAAGGGAAACUGUAAGCCCAAGUUGGACAAAUGGCUCCAGGAACUCAAAGAAGGCUUGUACCUGGCUGAAGACUUGCUGGAUGAGCACGAGUACAACCUCCUCAAGCGCAAAGCAAAGGGGAAGGAUUUCUUGCCAGUUAAUGCCUCCUCCAUUAGCAACAUUUUUAUGAAGCCUCUGCGGUCUGCAUCAAGCAGGCUGUCCAAUUUGAGCUCCGAGAAUAGAAAUCUAAUUCGCCAUUUGAAUGAACUGAAGGCUACCCUUGCGAGAGCCAAAGACUUUCGUCAACUGCUCUGCUUGCCAAUUGAUUAUAAUGCAGAGAGCCCCACCAUACCAUCCACUACUGUUCCUGAGACCACAUCAAUACCUCCUCCAAAAGUGAUUGGUCGUGAUAAGGAUAGCGAUCAUAUAAUAUGUUGUCUUACCGAGAGAACUACUACUGAGUCUAGUACAACUAUGUACUCGGGUUUGGCCAUUGUUGGAGCUGGAGGCAUGGGAAAGUCCACCUUAGCACAACUUGUUUACAAUGAUGAGAGAGUAAAAAAAUGUUUUGAUGUGAGAAUGUGGGUAAGCAUCUCACGGAAACUUGAUGUCCGCCGUCAUACACGGGAGAUCAUCGAGUCCGCCUCUCAGGGGGAAUGCCCACACAUUGAGAACCUUGAUACUCUGCAGUGCAAGUUGACUUACAUACUUCAAGAAUCAAGGAAAUUCCUGCUUGUGUUGGAUGAUGUUUGGUUUGAACCUGGCAGUGAGAGGGAGUGGGAUCAACUGUUAGCUCCCCUUGUUUCCCAACAGAGCGGAAGCAAAGUUUUGGUAACUUCUCGACGGGAUACAUUUCCAGCUGCUCUUUGUUGUGCAGAAGUGUGUCCUUUGGAAAACAUGGAAGAUGCUCACUUCUUGGCACUCUUCAAACACCAUGCAUUCUCUGGACGAGAAAUAAAAAAUCUGCAGCUGUGUGAAAGGCUGAAAUUUUUUGCAGAGAAAAUUGUUAAAAGGCUUGGACAAUCUCCUUUGGCGGUAAAAGUUGUGGGUUCCCAGUUGAAAGGGAAAACUAAUAUGACUGCAUGGAAGGAUGCUCUAAUUAUGAAGAUUUACAAACUAAGCGAGCCCAUGAGUGCUCUUUUUUGGAGUUAUGAGAAGUUAGAUCCAUGUCUGCAGAGGUGCUUCCUAUAUUGCAGCUUGUUUCCAAAAGGCCAUAAGUAUGACAUUGAUGAGCUGGUUCAUCUUUGGAUGGCAGAGGGCCUUGUUGAUUUGUGCAACCAAAACAAGAGAGCUGAAGACAUUGGCGAGGAUUGCUUCAAGGAAAUGAUCUCUAUUUCGUUCUUUCAACAACGUUACGAGAAAUACAAGCCCAUGUACUUUGUAAUGCAUGAUCUCCUUCAUGAUCUAGCAGAAUCACUCUCCAAAGAAGACUACUUCAGAUUAGAAGAUGAUAUGGUGACAGAAAUACCAUCUACUGUUCGACAUCUAUCUGUUCGUGUUGAUAGUAUGACGCAACACAAGCAAAGCAUCUGCAAGCUACAUCAUUUACGCACUAUUAUCUGCAUAGACCCCUUGAUGGAUGAUGUAAGUGACCUUUUUAAUCAGAUACUACAGAAUUUGAAUAAGUUGCGUGUAUUAUCUUUGUUAGCUUACAACACGAGCAAGUUGCCAGAAUCUGUUGGUGAGUUGAAGCACCUUCGGUAUUUGAACAUCGACAGAACACUGAUUUCUGAAUUGCCAAGAUCACUGUGUACUCUUUACCACUUGCAGUUACUUCUGUUUAAUAGUAAAGUUAAGAGUUUGCCUGAUAAAUUCUGCCAUUUAAGGAACUUGCGACAUCUUGAACAGUUGUUCAUAACAGUUCAAAUUCCUUAUGUUGGCAAGCUGACUUCACUUCAACAACUUAGGAAUUUUUCUGCGCAAAAGGAAAAGGGGUAUGAGCUGCAAGAGCUGAGAGACAUGAAUGAGAUUCGUGAUAGUUUAUUUAUAACAAAUCUUGAGAAUGUCACUGGGAAGGAUCAAGCCAUAGAAUCAAAGCUGCAUCAGAAAAGUCAUCUUGGCCGGUUGAUACUUCAAUGGAGUUGCAAAAAUAACAUGAAUGCAGAGGAUAGUUCACAUUUAGAGAUUCUAGAAGGCCUGAUACCAUCACCUCAUCUUAGGGAUCUUACAAUUGAGGGUUACAAAUCUUCAAAAUAUCCAGGCUGGUUACUUGAUGGUUCGUAUUUUGAGAAUUUGGAACAUCUAAGCUUUGUUAAUUGUAGCGCAUUACAAAGCCUGCCAACCAAUAAUGGGCUAUUUGGGAAUUGCUCUUCACUUGUCCUCCGCAAUGUGCCAAACCUGAACGCAUUACCUCAUCUUCCACUAGCACUUGAAGUGUUAAAAGUAAGCAAAUGUCCAUUGCUUAUAUUUAUUUCCAAAGAUGAUCAGAGAGAGAGUAUCAUGAGAACAUACCACUUGGCAUCACAACUUGGUUUAAUCUGGGAGGUAGAUUCUGGAUCAGAUAUUAUGAAACUACUCUCAUCGGAACAUUCAUUUCUGAAGCAGAUGAUGAGGUUGAUGCAAGCUAGCAUGUCACAUGUGAAACACCUUGAAAGUGCUCUAGAAAGAAAGGAUGAUGAAGUAUUGAUAAAAGAGGAUAUCAUCAAGGCAUGGAUAUACUGUCAUGAGCAGAGGAUGAGACUCAUGUAUGGAAGGAGCAUUGGGCCGCCACUGGUUCUACCAUCAGGGCUUCGUUCACUUCAACUUUCUUCAUGUAGUAUUACAGAUGGAGCUUUAGCUGUUUGUCUUGAUGGUCUAGCUUCACUGCAAUGUUUGUUCUUGUACGAGAUUAUGACUUUAACUACACUUCCUUCAGAAGAGGUCUUCCAACAUUUGACGAAAUUGGAAAUGUUGUCCAUUGAACAUUGCUGGUGUCUCAGGUCAUUAGGGGGCUUACGAGCUUCUACCUCUGUUUCGGAUGUUGGGAUGGUUUCAUGCCCUUCUUUACAGUUGGCACGCGGAGCAGAAUGUUUGCCAUCAUCCCUUCAGAGCCUCAGUAUAGACAAUUGUGUGAUUGCAGCUGACUUCCUCUGUACUGACUGGCCACACAUGAAUAAUAUUCGUAUAACCAAUUGCAGAAGCACUGCAUGCUUGUCUGUUGGUGGUCUCAACUCUGUUAAAACAUUCUCACUGUAUCACUUGCCAGAUUUGUGUAUCCUCGAAGGAUUGUCUUCCCUGCAACUUCACCACGUACGUUUGGUUGAUGUUCCGAAACUCACUGCCGAGUGCAUCUCACAGUUUCGCGUCCAGGACAAACUCUGUGUUAGUAGUCCUGUGGUACUCAACGACAUGCUCUCGGCUGAAGGUUUUGCAGUCCCAACAUUUCUCGCUCUUGAAGGAUGCAACGAGUCAUUCAUUUCAUUUGAAAAAUCUGCAAAUGUCACAUCUGUCCAGAACCUGAGAUUUGAAGAUUGUCAAAUGAUGUCCCUGCCAACUAGUCUGACGUGCUUCUCCAAUCUGAAAAAUCUUGUCAUCUUUGGCUGCCCCAACAUAUCAUCUUUACCGGACCUGCCAUCCUCCCUCCAGCGCAUAUGCAUUUGGGGUGGUUGUGAGCUCUUGAAGGAGAGCUGCCGAGCACCUGAUGGAGAAAGUUGGCCAAAGAUCGCGCAUAUCCGCUGGAAGGAUUUAUAAGGUGUGAUUCAGGUUCCCACCUACAA